AUGAAACACCUUCUAACAAAAAAGCUGGUAAUCGUGAAGAUCGCCCUUGUGGCAUUCGUGCUUGUAUUUCUUGCCCACCAGCUCACAUAUCUGCCGUACAAUCCGUAUGAUUUCUUUCAGAAUGGCAGAAAGGGUAUCAUUCCAAUUAAGGCAUUCUUUGAUGGCCUAGAGAAGUACGCUGUACACGGCGACCGCUUGAAGGGCAACUAUAUUAACGAAAAAGUCCAUGAUGCACCGAGCAAAGAUCGAGAGUUUCUCUACUCGAAAGAGUAUCUUGAGGGAAUCCUAAACAUCAAGGAUGAGACGUUCCAGAAACUCAAGGAGUCCCACCAUGGAUUUGUAAAUGAGCACAUGCCACAUCUCCUUGAUACCGUGGGGGUGGCGACUUUUGGCGAGCUCACUCCAAAGUCAGACAAGUGGGAGUCUUAUAGAAAUUCUGCUGGCUAUGUUUUGAUCGGAGGUGGCAAGUACUCCUGGCUCGCGUACCUUGUGGUGAAGCAAAUUAGGAUGACAGGAUCAACCUUGCCCGUCGAGGUGUUUAUUCCAACAAAGAGUGAUUUAGAUGCAAGAUUCUGCAACGAAAUCAUGCCCAAGUACAAUGCGAGAUGCAACAUGCUUGAUCUGAGUCUACUAGAGUAUCUCAGCCUCAAGUUCAACUUGUCAGGUUAUCAAUACAAGAUGUUGGCGAUCAUGGCAUCUCUGUUCGAGAAUGUGAUUUACCUCGAUUCGGACCUAUAUCCUCUCAAGAACGUGGAGUAUUUAUUGACAUCGGAUCUUUACAAGGAAAAGGGUCUUCUCAUCUGGCCAGACUAUUGGUCUAGGACCACAAAUCCAAAAUACUAUGAAAUUGCUGGUUUGCAUGUCCCUGAGAAGAAGGUUAGAUACUCGCAAUACGACCGUGCUCAGGCUGAAAAGAAGGGCGAGGGCCUUAGAGAUCUUAAAGAUUAUACAUUUAAAGAUUCAAAUUUCCACGAUUUUGAGAACACUCUUCCAAAUCCAACUUCCGAGGCAGGCGUCAUGCUUGUCAACAAGACAUCUCAUGUCAGAACCCUCCUUCUAGCACUCUACUAUAAUGUUUAUGGACCAAACUUCUACUAUCCUUUGCUCACUCAGGGUGGCGCCGGAGAGGGUGAUAAAGAGACUUUCAUUGCAGCUGCAACGGUGAUGCAGGAGCCAUGGUUCCAAACUCAAAAACAGUUCAUGUGGGUAGGAUACCACAGCGAAGACACAAGUAAGUUUGAGUCAAAGGCUCUAGGGCAUUAUGACCCUAUAACUGCGAAAGAUGACGAUAAGCCUGCUCCACUUAUUUUCAGCCACUGCUCUUACCCGAAGCAUUGGACAGAUUGGAUGUACAAUAAUAAUGACCUCAUCUACAAAACACUGGGUGAGCAUAUUCGCAUGUAUAAGGGAACGUACGAGAAUAUCGGGUACGACUUGGACUUGCGUCUUCUCACAGCAUUUACGGAAGCUCUAUGCGAGGAUAUAUGGCUUGAGAAAGAGAAGGAGGAUAAUAUCCCACUUGAUCAGAGAGAGGAAUAUAUGGGAAACUUUUUGGAAUACAUCAAUAAUGAUCGAGAAGUCAACAAGAAGAGAUGUGAAGAGGUUUACGUCCCCCAUUUAAAGUGGCUUCAACAAACUACCCAGUAUCCCGACACACUUAAACCUGAAUAG